CAUGUCUAUUUGUUUUUCAAAUUUUUAAAAAGGUUUAUAAUUUCAUAUAUUCCCAAAAGAACCAAGAUAAAUAUUGUUGAUUUAAACUACUUCGUUAGAUUUCUACUUAUUUUAUAUGUUGACUAUAAACAAACAUGUUUACAUAUGACUUUUUUUGUAGAUUAACAAACAAAUCUUUGCUAAUUAUUACAAGUUUCCAUAACUUGGGUUGAAUCUUGGCCGAUUCCUGCUAGUAACUUGCAAAGAGUUGGCUUUCAUUAAAUAACAUUUCAUGAAAUAGAGUUUUUUUGGGCAUAUCAUUUCCAUUCAUUAUGAUCUGCUCUCUCAAGCACUCUGGUCUAACUCCUAGUCUCCUACAAUCAAUGGAUCUGGUGUCGAUGUCACAGAGUACGCCGUUGGUGGGUAAAGCCUUCUUCUUGCCACCGCUCGGUGCUCCCAAGGGUUUGAAAACCUCUUUUUUAUUGUCGAAGCCUUUGCAUCUCACCUCCAUUGAGGCUUUUUCUCUCAAUGAGAGGAAUGCGCCGCCGUCGCUUGUGUGCAAGGCUUAUGAAACAGAGCCGAUUGACGCUAGCGAAGUGAAACCGGAGGUCGCGCGUCCUGCGAGGAAGGUGAAGAUCCGAAUUUACUUUGCGACCUAGUAACUAAUGACGGCAAUUGGUUAUACAUUAAUUGAGAUGGUAACUAAAGUACUAUUAUUUGUGAAUAUCAUUGGAUGCUCAAAAUCUGAUUAGAUACAUACAUAAUUUUAAUUUACUAUUUUGUAUCUUAUACGUGUAUGGAUAUAAAUAAAAUUUAAAUUAAUUAAAAAUAAGAUAACAAAUAUCCACUAUCUAUCGUGAUAAUACCGGUGGCCAUACCACUAAUUAAUUUAUUAAUUAAUUUAUUUUAUGGAAAUCUUUAAAAGGAGAGUUAGAUCUUUAUUGCAAGAAGUAACUUUCUUUCGCUACAACACGAGUCCUUUUUUGUUUCCCACUUUUGUGAGCUAAAUGUAAAGCCCUAAACAAAACUUCAUUAGUAUUCAUUUCCAUUUACAUGGUACUUAAAAAGAAAAUCAAGCGUUCAUGAACUGGACUCUACUACUGAAAUCUUUAACCAAUGAAUUGAGAGCAUUUUCCUAUGCUUUAAAGCAUUAGUGUUUCAAUGUACAAAUUAAAUUUAUAUCAUAAUGUUAAGAUACACAUAUAGUUUGUAAUAUAAGUGAUUUUGUACUAUAAAGACAUUUGUACAAAAAUGCAUAUGUACAAACUAAACUUGUACAAUGAUACAUGUUCAAUUUCUACCAUAAAAAAACUAAAAUACUCAUACUUUAAAGUAUUGUAAAACUCCUCCAUCUUAAUUACAUCAUUUAGAUUUAGGUUUAAGAAACUGAUUGGGUUCUCAUUAACAAUUUUGUAUUCAAUCUGACUCUUCUACUUAUAAGCUCUCUCCUGUCUCUAACUCCCUCAAAUUAAUUAAUUACUUAAUAUAUUAAAGGAGCAAGCAUAAUAACAAUGAACACACUAUUCCUUACGAAAUUAUAGGAAAUAAUUUGUUUAAUCAUUCACAGUUACUAUUCACAAGGUACACAUCCAAUUAUACAGCAGCUUAAUGAAAUGUUAUAUUUCCUUAUCGUAAUUUUCUUAGUAAUUACGUAAUGACGUAUUAUUUAAUUAAAGGUGCAAGCAUAAUAACAAGGGGCGCAUCAUAAACACUUAUCACUAGAUCACAUAAUAUGAAAUUUUUGGUAACACUAUCACAUAAUAUGAAAGAUUUGUGUAAGACUAUUCUACAAUUAUCUCUUUAUUGGCAUUACUCUAAGAUUCUGUAAGGUAAUUAUUUUUUACAUAACAAUUUGAUUUCAUUAUUUGAAUUACACUUUCUGUAGGGCAAAUUGUUUUUUACAUAAAAAAUUAAUCAAAUUUGAUACUUUUUUUUAACAUGACUCAUUAUUAAACCACACAGUACGAAAGAUUUGUGUAACACGAUUCUAUAAAAUUUAUAUAAUAUAGAUCCCAAAUCUACUAUAAACUCUUUAUUAUUCGCGUUACAGUUUAAUCAAAUGCUAUAUUUUUAUUAACUUUAUCUUAUAAUUAGAUCACCGAAAGAUAUGUGUAACACUACACUAUGAGUGUUACGUAGCUGCUGAUGCAAUGUAUAAAGCUUAUGGACAGAUAGUUAUUUUUUAUAUAUCACUUAAAAAAACUCAUAAUGAAUGUCUUUUGUAAUGAUUAAGACAUAGAAUUAGUUUAUUAUCGCCGCCAAAACACAUAUAACAAACUAGUUUUCAAUUUAUAGUUCAGCACUUCGAUUUGAAUUCAUCAACGGUGCGAGCUGUUUGACUGCUAAGAAAAUGAUUAAGUUGUGUAACUCGCUUUGUAGCCGCUAUGAUUUGUUUAAACUUAGUAAUCUCCAUUAGAAACUAGAUUUUUAUUUUGAAUAUGAGGUUCAGUUGAUUUCUUAAUUGUUAUCUUAGCUUAUCAUCAUCUCCAUUGGUAGCUUCCGAUCAGUCUUUGAUAUUGAACUCUCUGCGAUAACUAUCCAUUCUCUAUUUGAAUCAUUUUACUUCCAUUGGCAGGAUGUUUUACGGGAGGGAUUGGCGACGAAUCACGUCCUUUUAAUUUGUAUGACCACAUCGACCGUCUUCUGAGCUCCUUCCACAGUCUCUCUGUUUGGUACAUGUAUGUUAACAUUAUUCCUUCUAUCAUGUAUACAAUCAUUCUAUACUAUGAUAAAUUCAUAUCACGGAUAUAAUUUUAUGUACAUACUAAGUGGUACAACAUGGUAUAGACUGUUAACAAAAUUACCAUUUUUUAUAAAAACACAAUUAAUCUGAUUUUCUGCAAUUUUUUUUAAUUUCGACUUAAAACAAAUAAGAUAGCUCAUUAAAAUUUAGGUUAUUCAUAAUCAUACACCUAUAAAUUAUGCCCUAGAUCUGCUCCAAAAAUAGUUGCAGGGUUUUGCUCAUCAACUGUCUGAUUGCUCUUAAUGGCGGUGGCAAGACGAGCAAUUGCUUCAAGACCAACUCUAGCAUUCUCUUCCAUUUCCAGUGUUGUAGGAAACACGUGUAGAUCAAGUAUAAAGUUGUGCUUGAUUCUUUCCUAUUGGUAAAUUUGAGUAGUAAUGGGUAAUUAUCCAGUUGGUGAAGUCCGCCGUAUAACCUAGAUGAUUCAAGUAAAAGGGUUAUAAAUACAUAUUAUGUGUAGUGGCCGAAGUCUGUAAGUGUGCGAGUAUUAAACCUAAUAAGACAACUGAAAACUCCUUGAGUGAGUAUUUUGCAAGGUUUAGGAAACCCUACUGUAUCGGCUGGUCAGAUCGAAAAUAUUGGAUAUAUAUCUAACCUAAAACAAUAGGCGGUUUUAGUAGUAGGAAAUGGUUUAAUCACGGUUAAAUCACAGUGUUGGUCUGAAAUAUCCUAUUACUCACUUUUCUAGUAUAACCUCUGAUAUGGUUUCCUGAAACUUGAUUUUUUGUAGAUUAGUCACGUUCACAAGAACGAGGAUACCACGUAAAAGAUUCUAUUUUUUCAUCAGAUUUGGAUAGAAAUCAAAAGUCUUGAGCAACUGGUAUUGUUGUGUUCUUAGUUUAAUAAUUGUUUUUAUCAUGGUAUCAGAACAUCAUUGACCACGAGCUUGUAUGUCUCAUAUAAACUAUACUUGAGUUUUGACGGUGGUGAAUGACUAAUCAAGCCCCAUAUGAAAAUCAAACAACCAAAAAUUCUCCGCCUGUUUAAUUCUUCUUGUCAUGACCACAGAGACGUAAACCACAAACACAUGAAUGAAUAGGUGCUUUGUGCCUCUUCCCAAAGGGAUCGAAGCUGGGUGUAGAAAGCUUUUCUUGCGGGAGGCACACUCCCCUGAGCGAACCACUCACGAAGAUGCUCUUAAUAUGUUUUUUUAACUUCCUAAAUAUAAUUUAUCAAAAAAGUAAUAAAUAAUUAUUUUUUGCAUACACACUUUGUCCUUAAAAACCAUAAUGACUACUACUUCAUAAUCAGUGGCGGAGCUAGAAAAUUGGUCAAGGUGUGUCUUUAUCAUAUCAUAAAAAAUCACAUAUAUAAUAGAAAAGUCAACUUUAAAUGAAACAAAAAGUCAACAACGUAAUACUCUAAAUUCAUACAAUUACAUAAAAAUAGUUUCGCGUACACCGGUUACAACGUCAAACAAAUAAGUUCGUUACAUACAAGUCAAGACUUCCAUUCAUCAAAUAUUACAAAUUAGAACUCAGAAGUACCUUGGAAUUGAGGUUGUGAAACAAACAAGUGAACUUCGAUUGGUACUUCUUCACUUUCAUCUUUGUUUAAACAAAAGACAAGAGAUUCCUCUAUUGUAGAGCUACAAAAGAAAUGAGCAAGUUUAAAAAAAGACAACAAUUUAUUACUAUAAAUAAAGACGAAAGUGCGUUGCAUAACAAAACUCACUCGGUUAAAAUGGUAAGGAAUUCUCCUUUCAACUGAAUGAACACCGGUUCGAAUUUGUAUAUACCCCUACUGGGGGAUUUUUUUUUCCAAACCCAAGAUGGGUGCAAGCACCCCCUCCUCUCCAAGUGGCUCCGCCACUGUUCAUAGUAAUCGUCAUAAUCGCUCCCCUAUCUGAGAAAAUCCUACUAGACCGGUCAAUCAAUUCUAGAGGCCCUAUUUCACGGAUAAAAUGAGGCCCAAAAUUUUAUUUUAUAAAAUACAAAUUAUUACAUUAUCUGAGAAAAAACACAAAAUUAUUGAUAAAAAAAACAAAAAAAUACAACAAUAAUACCUAAAAAGUAGUAUGCUUCUUGCAUUGUUUGAAAUAAAGACGAAUUCAUUCAUUUGUGUGGCCCAAUUAAAUAAAGAGAGUUUUAUUUUAUAAGAGGGCUAUAAUAGCCCAAAAACAUAUAACUAAUAUUUAGGUUUUUGAUAUUUGAUGGAGGACCUGAAAUUGCUGACUCCUACGUAGAAGCACUAAUAAUUAUAAAUUUAUAAC